UAAUCACAAGUUGGAAUGGUGGGUUAUGCAACCGGUCAGCGGCGCAUCGCAGGCGCAGUACACGCCAUGUCGCCGGUGCGCGCGCUCACGUUCGCGGCUCUAUGGGCUUGCGCAGCCGCCGACACUCGGGCCCCACCCGACACUAUUAAUGACGAUGUUUUUCAUACAAUAAAAAUCCCCGUCACUAACACCACACCUGGAAGUGAUGUAAAAGUUUACGAUUUUCAAAAUACCGGUUCGGUGAACGAUUUUGGUUUUAGCGGCGCGAGUUUGUGGGAUGCUGGGCUGGACCCUGAUGGAGAUGUAAUUUACAGAUUGAGCGAUGAGGAAUAUUAUGAAAUGCCUCAUCUCUUCCACCUGGACGAGUACGUGGGCUGUCUGGCACGGCGCGGCGCCUAUUGUCUCGGCAGCUUCGAACUGUCCCCCAAUGGGUACAGCCCGCUCUUCAACACCAUGCAGCGCUACUCCGCCAACUGGGUGGACUACUACAACCACACGCGUCUGCACCGCGGCGUGUGCCUGACCCGCAGCUGCGCGCCCGCCCACCGCCCCGCGCUCACUACGCCGGCGCUCAAAGCAUGGUUCGCAUCCUGCGUGAACACCAGCACUAUGGCGGCAUACAACCUGUCGGCCCGACUCUACCGGCUGGAGUACUGCCGCCGAGGGCCCGAGCGCGCGCCGCCUCUCAACGCCAACGAGAGAGGCUUCGCGGGUUUCUUGGUAGUGCUGUUCGGCCUCGCUAUGAUUAGCACCGUUUUGGAUUUGACGCUGACUGAUCAGGCAAAAAAGGGCUACGGUUGGGCGCUCUCCUGGUCGGUGCGUUCCUCGUGGCGCGCCCUCACAGCACCCGCGCCGGUCUCCCAGGGCGUCGACUUGCGCGUUUUUGACGGCCUGCGAGUGUUCUGCAUGCUGGGUGUCAUCCUCGAGCACGUGACCUGGCUUGCUAUGCUCUCCUACGUCGCCGACACGAGGGCUUACGAACAGAUGACCCGCUCCGGGGAUGUGAUACUGAUGAUUAAUAGCAGCCUGGUGGUGCAGAUCUUCUUUAUAAUGGCCAGCUUCCUGCUGGCGCACAAGCUUCUCAAGCAGCGCUCCUCAUCAUCCGCCGUCAGCACUUUCUUCGACACCAUGUUCAAUAGACUUAUCAGGAUAUGUCCAAGCUACUUUGUGGUGGUAUGGUUCGCGUCAUCGUGGUUUGAGCGGCUGGGCAGCGGGCCGCAGUGGAGCUCGCUGGUGGGCAGCGAGGCGAAGGUGUGCCGGCGCAAGUGGUGGACCCACCUGCUGUUCCUCAACAACGUAGUGGAUCCCGACGAGAAGUGCUUGAUACAGACUUGGUCCCUGGCAGCGGACAUGCAACUGUACAUGCUUGCGCUGGUGCUGACGUUGGCGCUGCGCGGACGGCGCCACGCUGUGUCGGUGCUGUGCGCGCUGCUGGCGGCGCUCACCGGCGUGUGCCUGGCGCUGGCGUACGCCUGGCGACUGAUGCCCACCUACGUGGUACACCAUCCCGAAACGAUUCGUGUGGAGUACCGCGGCAAUUUGUCGUUCAACUUGCUGUACCAGUCGCCGCUGGGCAACUCCGCGGGCGCACUGGCGGGCCUGCUGCUGGCGCACGUGCACCACGCGCUGAGCGGCGCCAACGUGCGCAUUGCGGACAGUAAAUGGUUCCGCUGGUCAUCGGUGGCGGCGGCGCCAGCCGCGCUGCUGUUUGCAGCCUGGUCGCCGCUGGUGCUGGGCGAGGGACCGCCGCGCCGCGCCGUCGCCGCCGUGCUGGCAGCAGUCGAGCGGCCGGUGUUCGCGGGGCUGGUGGCCUUGGCGCUGCUGGGUGCUAUGCAUGGCGUCAAGUCUCCGUGGGGCACGUGGCUGUCGUCGGGCGGAACCGUACUGGCGCGGCUGUCGUUCGGCGCGCUACUGCUGAACAUACCGGUCAACAAGUGGCUGCUGGCAGCCCGCCUGGCGCCAUCGCAGAUCGACCGCCAGAACGUGAUAUUCGAAUUUCUGGGAGCCGCGAUAGCGUCCUACUUGGCAGCGGUGCCACUCGCACUGCUGGUCGAGCUGCCGGUGCAGCGCUUGCACAAGGAGCUCAGCGCACUCUGCAGCCGGCCUCCACCGCCCACAGAACAGAACAAGUCACCGCAGCCCACAGAACAGAACAAGUCACUUCAGUCCACAGAACAGAACAAGAAGGGGGAGAAGACCGACCAUGUCAAACACAAUGACGGACAAGCUGAUCAUUUGAAAACAUAAUUUGAUCUAACAUUAGAUUUAUAGGGAAAAAUAUGGUCACUUACGUAUCUGCAGUAUCCAAAGACCACUAUAGGUUUUUAUAAAAAAACAAAUGUCUUUUAGUCGGUUGGUCAAGAUCGGUUCUGAUUUUACUUAUAAAAGUGGGUAUAAUUUUGGAAAAUAUCCAUAUUUAUUGUAAUAUUUGUUUGGCGGGGCGACAUUGAUUUGUCUUAUACGAGUUUAUAGAUGUAAAUUAAGAAAGUUACUGUACUUAGUACAAAGUGCUGUCGAAACAUUACCUAAUAGAAAUGUAUAAUACAGGCGUAGUAAUUUAUGAUAACUUUAAUUAAGUUAUAAUAACUUGUAUUUGUGAGGUCUAGGUUUUGUAUUUUGCUAUGAGGAAAACAAACUUGAGAUCCAUCUGCUGGUUUUGAGACACAAAACCAGCUAGAUAAUGAAAAUUAUUAAUAAUUGUUGAUUAAGUUGAUAUAAUAUGAAGAUGUAAAAAGUUUGAAUGUAAAACAAGUGAAAAUGGAAGUGUAAAUGAUAGGGUGAGAGAAAAGUAAUUAUUUAUGGCACUGUCAAGGUAUGAGUGUCCUUGUAACAAGCAUUACAAUUUACAAAGGCACUCUUGACUAACAAGGUAUUGAGUAAAUUAGCAAAUGGGAGUAGAAAAAUAAAGCUAAAAAUAAAAUCCUUG